AUGGAGGGCCCUGUUAAGUCCCGAGAAGGGGAACAUACUUCCACGACGAGGUGGGGGCCUUCAGCAGUCCUGAGAAGGGGUAACACUCACACAACUAUGGCGGGUGCGCGCGUCCCACCUGACCUUACGGCGUUCAUUAGAUCCCGUUGUGGUCUGCAUUGCCAGUGGCUUUCUUUCUCAAGAGCCCAUUGUUAUGAGGACAAAAUAAACCAUCGAAACAAGAACCUGGAUAUCGGUAAAUUCUGGAAUGAAGUUGAACGUGAAUCUCUGGAAAUAGAGCAUGCGAAAGAAAAAAAACAAUUGCAGUUGGACCAGGUCAAUAAUUUAUACUUCGAUAUUGUUAAAUAUCGUGUGGCUAAUGAUUGUUCUGAAUUACAGUUGAAAAUAGCUCGAGUUAUGACAAAGGGAACUGAAGAUGGCGUUGGAAAUAUUAUGAAGAAUGUCAAUAUGGAGCUGGACGAGUCAGCUACUUAUCUUAAAAGAAGACGAGAUGUUGGUUACAAAGAAGAUCGAAAUGGGUACACUACGCCUUGUCCAAGCAAUCCAAUGAAUAAUCCAGAGGACGAACCAAAACCAAAGAGACGGGCUAAGACUGAUGAUAAGUCUUGCGCCUCAUCUGGAACUAAUGAUGAUAGUUCCGGAACUA